AUGUCCUCGCCGGGAAGCUGCCACUCGGACAGAGCACCGUCGCCCUACCUGGACCGACCCGUCAUCCCGAAGCUCAAGAUGUCCAAAGACCCGGCCCCGAUGUCCAAAUACAAGCCCCGCGGUGUCAUCAAAUACUAUCCCUUUGAGAACAUGGACGAAGUUACCCGCCGUGAGGCUCACCGCUUCCUCAUUACGCCUUUCGGAAGGAUCCAGGAGUCCUGCGCCCACAUCCCCUAUAACAGCGGCAAGAAGGACUUUUUUGAGAAGACGGGCCGUGAGAGCUUCGAAGUGUUCAAGUACGAGUUCAAGAACCCAGGCGAUGACACCGAGUAUACCGUCAUGUGGGACUACAACGUCGGGCUCGUCCGCAUGACUCCGUUUUUCAAAUGUUGCAAGUAUUCAAAGACGGUGCCGGCCAAAAUGUUGAGCCUGAACCCGGGUCUGAAAGACAUCACCCACAGUAUCACUGGGGGCGCGAUAGCGGCGCAAGGAUAUUGGAUGCCGUACGAAUGUGCCAAGGCAGUGUGUGCCACUUUCUGCUACAACAUUGCCGGGGCCCUCAUCCCGAUCUUUGGCCCGUCCUUCCCGUCGUUGUGCAUCCCCCCAGGCUCCCCAGACUACCAGCGGAUGGUGAUCGAUCACCGGAUCGUCAAAGACGCCAUCAGGGAUGCCGACCUUUCGCGAAAGAUCCAGCAGCACGCCCUGCCGCCCAUCGACCUUGGCCACGCUCCCGGCAUCGAGCGUCGACCCGUACGGCCUCUCCGGGACGACAGAAGGCUGCGACUCAACACCCGACUGAUGAGCCCUUAUAGCGACACCGACACCGAGAGCCACCGCUCCUGCCCGGACUCCGCCUCGAGCAACGGCUCGGACGGCAUCGGCUACAGCUACGGAUACCACCCGGGACCACCGCGGCACUCCCAGCCGCCGCCGACAUCGGGAUGGACGGCCACGAACCGGCCGCCCCAGCCGUACCGGCUAGUCGACGAAAGCCACCGCCCGGCGGACCCGUACCUCAGCGCCGUCCCCCGCUGGACCCCCGUGAACAGGCGCACCGUCACGCCUCCUCGGCCGGCCUGGGCGCAGAAGCGCCCCAUCGGUGAUGAUGAUGAUGAUGGCGGCCAGCACGGUAGCAACGCCCUGCGCUGCGCGUCAGAUCAGCAGCAGCAGGAGGACGAGUCUGACGCCGAGCUGGCGGAACAGAACGCCGCGCUCGGCCUCAUGACGCUCAAGACGGCGCCCCGGAAGGACGUCGGGUCUCCCGGUGACGUCGACGGCCCCGACUCGCACCGCAGCAAGAGGCGGAGGGCCACGUCUGCGUGA